GAUCCGUGUUGCAUUCUGAACAAACACGUGUAUCAUAUUUAGUUAUUUCAUUGCAAAUAUAUUUAAUUUUUGUAUUUUAUAUUUAUAUUAAAAAUUACAACUUAAAAACAAUUGUGUGAAUUCGCAAUUUAUAAAAAGAAUGACUUCAAAGGCAAAAGAAAAUGGGAGAAAAAGUAUUUCUCCUUGGAUGACAUGUGUAACAUGUCAGAGCAUCUUAACACAAAAAGAUGUAGUAGUGCAUGGCACUAAUUGUCCGCCAGAUUUUAAAACAUGGAAUCACGAUUUCAUUUACAGUGGUGUAUUAUAUAGUACCAUGGAAACAUAUACUCCAUUAGAACAGCCAAAAAAUAUUCAUGUAAGGACAUUUGAUGACAUGGCUUUUAUAUCACAGUCUGCUUUACAAUUAUGUGAAAUUGCAAUAGGAGAUUAUGUUCUUGUGACUGCUGGAGACAAUAAAACUGUUAAAACUGCAUGGCCAACUAAAGAUAAAAGUUUAACAAGUGUUUCAUUAACAAAACAUGGUAAUAAAUUCAGUGUGCCUUUUUAUGGCAAGACAUUAAUUUAUAAUGUUGUCAAAAUUAUAUCAGAUGAUUAUAAAAAUGAUAAUUUGUCUGAACAAUUGAAACAAUUAAAAAUGACAGAUGAAGUACAUAACCCCAAGUUUUAUAAAGCACUUUACAACACAAAGUGGACAAUUUUAAAUGAAAAGCAAGAAAAGAAACAUUACAAAAGAUCUAAAUUUAAGAUACAAGAUGUUGGUGGAUAUGAUAAUGUAAUACAAGAUAUCAAGGAUAUUCUUGAUAUUGGGCUUGGUCAAUGCCAAAGUAUUGGAGACUUUUAUAUUAGUAAAGGAAUAUUAUUAUAUGGUACUGCUGGUGUUGGUAAAUCUAUUAUUGCCAAUGCUUUAAUAUCUGAAUAUGAUAUCAAUUCUACUACUAUUUAUAGUACCGACAUUUAUAGUAAAUCACUAGGUGAAACAGAAAAAAAAUUACAAGAUAUUUUCGUGGAAGCUAAAACUAAAGCUCCAAGUAUUAUUCUAAUAGAAGAAAUAGAUAGCUUAUGCCCUAAAAAAAGUACUUCAAGUACAGAUCAUGAAAGAAGAGUACUUUCACAAUUGAUUGCACUCUUUGAUGACAUACAAAAUGCAAAUGAUAAUGUAGUUAUACUUGCCACAACUUCGAAAUUAGACCUUGUAGAUACCUCCCUUAGAAGACCUGGUAGAAUAGACAAAGAAUUUGAAAUUUACGUACCUACUUGCAGCAUGCGUGCAGAAAUAUUUAAAAAGAUGUUAUUAAAGAUACCAAACAGUUUAUCUUCAGAAGAGGUACAAAAUAUUGCAUUUGUUACUCAUGGAUUUGUUGGCGCCGAUUUAUAUGGUUUAUGUUCUCAAGCAAUUUUAAAUGCUGUAAAAUGUCAUCAGAAAAUUAGUACUAAUUCUGAUGUUUCAUUAAAAGUAACAAUGUCAAACUUUGAACAUGCUUUAACUGUCACAAAGCCAUCAGCUAUGAAAGAAGUUCUUGUAGAAGUAUCGAAUGUUCGAUGGUCGGAUAUAGGAGGACAAAGAGAUUUAAAAUUAAAAUUAAAACAAGCUGUUGAAUGGCCAUUGCGACAUCCUGAAGCGUUUCUUAGGAUGGGUAUAACUCCACCUAAAGGUGUUUUAAUGUUUGGACCACCAGGUUGUUCUAAGACUAUGAUCGCAAAAGCUCUUGCAACAGAAAGUAAAGUAAAUUUUUUAAAUAUAAAGGGCCCAGAAUUAUUUUCAAAAUGGGUCGGUGAAUCCGAGAAAGCCGUGAGAGAAGUAUUUCGAAAAGCAAGACAAGUUUCACCUUCAAUAGUAUUUAUUGAUGAAAUUGACGCAUUAGGAAGCGAAAGAAGUUCUUUAUCAAGCGGCGGAAGUAAUGUACACGAACGAGUUUUAGCACAGUUAUUAACAGAACUCGAUGGAGUUACUGCAUUAGGCAGCGUCACUUUGGUGGCAGCAACUAAUCGACCUGAUAAAAUUGAUAAAGCACUUCUUCGUCCAGGUCGUUUGGAUAGGAUAAUAUACGUGGCAUUACCUGAUUAUGAAACUAGACAAGAGAUUUUCGACAUAAAAUUAAGAAAUAUGCCAAUCGCUGAAGAUGUACAAAUUCAAGAUCUAGUUGAUCUUACAGAAGGAUAUUCUGGAGCAGAAAUCCAGGCAAUUUGUCACGAAGCUGCUAUGAAAGCACUCGAAGAAAACUUAAAUGCUAAUAUAAUCACCAAAGAACAUUUCAAAGCAGCAUUAGCCAUAAUUACUCCACGAACGCCAGCAUCUUGCGGUUACUGUCCACCAAUGGAUCCACAAUGUCCACCAUGCUCUACAUCGUGUCCACCCCAACCUAUUUGUUACUAUACAUAUCCUGCGCCAGCGUGUAAAUUGGAACCAAAAUCUAAUUGUUGCCCACCUAUGUCAGUUACUUGCAUGCCUACACCUUCAUUAUUAUUUUGCCCUUUUGUUCGUCCACCUUGCACAGACCGUAUCAUUUCUGCACCUAUUCCUAAACCAGUUUCAGCUUCUUACGAAGCCGGCUCUGUCUUACGGGCACCUGUUACUACUGGUGGAUUAUUUUAUAUUGGAACAAUUAGAUGAUAUCCCUGUUUGUCAUUUGCUUGUUAAAUCAUAUUUCUCCUUUUUUCAUGGCAAUGUAAAAUCUGUCCCUCAUAUAUA